AUGAUUUACGCGGUAUUAAAUCCGAAGUUUUUGCUGGUGCUUUUCGCACUAGGAGUUGUCGCAUGCUUGUCCAUUCGGAGGUUUUUCGUCUAUCGCCGAAUCGUCCGCGCCCAUGGCUGCAAAGGGGUGGCAAAGGCAGCGAACAAGGAUCCAUUUCUGGGAAUUGAUACAAUAUUCUGGGUUAAGCGCGCUUACAAGGAACACAAAUUGCUCGACAGGAAUACGGAGCUCUUCCAGACUUACGGCAACACAUUCAGAACCAGACAGCUCCAUAAAUAUUCAAUUGGCACCAUAGAACCGGAGAACAUUAAAACAAUUCUGUCUCUUAAAUUCGAUGACUACGGUAUCGGCUUUCGCCUUGAACCAUUCAAAGCACUCCUGGGCAAGGGCAUCUUCGACACUGAUGGCGACCACUGGGCCGCAUCGCGCGCCCUGAUCCGACCCAGCUUUACGCGUGACCAGAUCGCUGACCUAUCGUCGCUGGAGAAUUUGUUCCAGGAUCUUUUCGCACUGCUUCCCCGGGAUGGACAGACGGUUGACUUGCAGGAGCUCUUCUUCCGAUACACCAUCGAUUCAGCAACCGAGUUCCUGUUCGGAGAAUCGGUCGGUACUUUGAAGAAGGCUCAGUCAGAGCGCGACUUUUCACACGCUUUCCAAUAUGCUCAGAGUGCUAUUAUCACGCGAGCCAUGCUGGGUCCGCUGAAAGUAUUCCAUAAGGAUCCCAAGGUCGAUGAGUCCAAUCGUAUCUGCCGGGAGUUUGUUCAGCAGAUUGUCGAUGAGGCAUUCCGUGCUGCCGAGGUUAAGGAAACAAAAGGGGAGACCGAAACAAACCGCCAGAAGCAUAUAUUUGCGCAAGAAUUGGCGUCACGGACUACUGAUAGAAUCCGCAUUCUAGAUGAGCUGAUGAAUGUCCUCCUAGCUGGACGCGAUACCACUGCUAGUCUACUUGGCAAUUUGUUCUUCAUGCUUGCUAAAAACCCAGCAAUGUGGGAUAAGUUGCGUCUAGAAGUCGCUUUCUUACAGGGUCGGCCGCCGACUUAUGAAGAGCUUCGCAGUCUUAGAUAUGUACAUUGCUGUAUGAAUGAAUCACUGCGUUUACAUCCGGUUGUACCGCGAAAUGAGCGAGAGGCAGUUCGAGAUACUGUACUGCCACUGGGUGGAGGCAAGGAUGGUCUCUCCCCAGUCUUCGUCCCUAAGGGCACGAUAGUAGGCUACUGCGUAUACGCAAUGCAUCGGCGCGCGGAUAUUUACGGCGAUGACGCAGAAGAGUUCCGUCCAGAACGCUGGGAAGAUGGGAAACUACAACCUCGCUGGGGAUACCUGCCCUUUAAUGGUGGCCCACGCAUCUGUAUAGGUCAACGAUACGCAUUGACUGAAGCUGCUUACGUUAUUGCUCGCAUGGCGCAGGAGUUCAAAGUCUUGGAAAGUCGGGAUACAGGAGCAUGGGAGGAAUGUGUGGCCUUGACCUUGUGCUCGAGGAAUGGGGCAAAGGUAUCUCUCACGCCUGCUUGA